AUGUGUCUGAGCGCACUUCUAAUGCUGCCCUUAAGCUGGCAGAAAGAGAAUGCAUGCCUAUUCAUUCUUUGUCGCAACACAGACAUUCAGGAUUUAGAACCAACUAUUAGACGAUUUGAAGAAAUGUUUAACGGUAAGUUCCAAUAUCCUUACGUACUACUAAACAAUGAAGAGUUUACGCCGGAGUUCAAAGAUAGAUUUAAAAAGCUUACAUCAGCUGCUGUAGAGUUUGGACUGAUUCCUAAAGAACACUGGAGUUACCCGGCUUGGAUCGAUCAAGAAAGGGCUAAACGAGAAAGAGAGCGAAUGAAGCGCAAGAAAAUCAUCUACGGUGAAGUUGAGUCCUAUCGGCACAUGUGCCGCUUCUUCUCAGGGUUCUUUUACAAGCACCCUCUCCUGACCAAAUACGAAUACUACUGGCGGAUUGAACCGGGCACUACUAUUCACUGUCCAAUCAAAUACGACCCAUUUGCCUUCAUGAAAGAGAACAAGAAGAAGUACGGGUUUGUAAUUACUCUUCAUGAGUAUCCUGAAACUAUUGCUUCCCUUUGGAAAAGCCUUCAAGGCUUUGUCUCGGCCUACAAUACCAAGUACCAACCCGGACAAAUCUGGAGUCUUUUUGAUCCUAAUAAUCUGCACCGAUUUAUUACCGAUGAAAUGUACACUCAAUAUAACAUGUGCCAUUUUUGGUCUAACUUUGAGAUAGCUGAUUUUUCCGUCUUUAGAAACCCUUCCUAUCAAAUGCUUUUUGAUUACCUAGAUAGAACUGGUGGCUUCUUUUAUGAAAGAUGGGGAGAUGCACCCGUCCAUACUAUUGCUCUGGCCCUCUUUUUACCCAGCAGUGCCAUGCACUAUUUCGAAGACAUUGGGUAUACCCAUCCGCCUUUCACCCACUGUCCUGCACCUGCUUUAAACUGGCCCGCUUGUGAUUGUGAUCCUAAACAAUCUGUUGAUCUGGAAAUGUUCAGUUGUAUCAAUCUUUACAAACGAUUGAUGUGGAUUAAGAAGUCUUCGGCCCCGCAAGUAGCCAAAGCGGCACCAAAAACAACGCCACCAAGUAAACCAAGUUUGCCGCAUGAGCCUCCCAAACAGAAAGUCUCAACCAGUUGA